GUCCGUCCGGCUUUCGACUGACCCACUUUUGUCGAGAAGCAGCCUUUGUCUUUUCAGAUCUGAGGUCGUGUAUGAUUUUGCAUUGUAAUGAGCAGCGGAUCUCAAAAUAUUGGUAAAUGGAGUAAUCCCAUCGCUGGAGUCGGGGCACGUCCCUCACAACCUGCUUAUACGGUACCGGACGACUGGGAUGCUGAACCCACGGAGGAUAAAGGCAAGGAUGUCAGACAAAUAUGGGAAGAAGCAAAUUCAAGGGCGCCAAUGCCGCAAAUUAUCGUGACUGGAGGGUCUUCUCCGGCACCUCCUCCCACAUCUUUUACCCCAGCAAUGCGCAUUCUCCAGAGGCCCCAAAGUGCUUCGCCGAAGGCUGCUGCGGCUGCCACACCACAGAAAUCUCUGGCAGAGAGGGAGGCUGACUACAAGGCUGCCCGGCAACGUAUUUUCGCGGCAAACUCCGAAGUACAGGCGACAUCCACUUCUACGAGCGUCCCAAGCACAAAGACAAAUAACACAAGUGGUACCGAUAAAGCCCCGUCCUUGAAAAAACCUAACAGAGCUGAGAAGCAAUCUGAGGCCGUUGUACGCCAACCUCGUGGACCAGGCUCUAACUCAGGCCGCGGCUUCAGAAACAGACGUACGCAGGGUAGUUCCAGAGGAGGCACGCCAAGUGGAAGUGGUGCCCAGAGCCCCUCGAGCCAUGUAACGUCGCGUACACAAACGCCCGCACCUUCUGGUCACGGCGAGAAGUGUCCUUAGAGAAGAUCCACGCGGACCCACCCGAUAGAUGUUGUCAUUGUCUUCGCACGUUCCUACUGGUUUUCAUUGG